AUGAAGCGAGCGAUAGAGACAGCCAUACGACUAGAUCAGCAUGCAGCUCGCUCAGGCUUGCAUUCGUCCAGAUCUGCGUCGAUUCUCGUAGCGCCGCGUCCCAGUCGACAAGACUUACACCAGCUGCAUGGACACCACAGUCGGUUAAACCCCUGGGAACUCAGACGAGCGUCCUACCGGUGGCUCCGGACAACCGCCAGACUCGCACAACCCAACCAGGUCGAAGUCCUGCCCCAGGGCUCAUCUGCGCACAGCCGCAAUGACGAGUCGAGCACAAAGGAGAGCAAUGCCGCUCAGGAGAAAUCGACAAAGUUGUCAGACAGAAUCAGAGUCCUCAUGAGGAAAUACGGCUGGGUCUCCCUAGCAGUCUACCUGGGCAUCUCCGUCGUCGACUUUGGCCUCACGUUCGCGGUCGUAUACGCUGUGGGUGCAGAUCAUGUGAGGGACGCGGAGGAUUGGGUGAUGCACAAGCUCGACUGGAGGAGGAAGGAGAAAGAGCGGGUAGAGACUGCUCGUCAGGCAGUCGAUCUGGCUGCAGACAAGGCCAAACAGGUCGGUCACGAAGCUCAGCAAGCCGUCGUCGCCCUCAGCCAUGGCGAAUCCCCUAGCAGCUCUCUAGCCAAAGGAUCCAGUCAUACCAGUCAGAUCGCCACGACCGCCGUGCUCGCCUACGCGAUCCACAAGACCCUCCUCUUGCCCUUCCGAAUUGGUCUCACCGCAUGGAUCACUCCGCCGCUCUUUAGAUCACUUCGUCGUUGGGGCUGGAAUAUAGGACCUGCUGCUGCUUCGAGCGCCGUGGUCACAGUCAAGCCGGCACGCGAAUCGUGA